CCGCGAUUCCCAUCCAUGGUGAGUCUCCCCACCAUGCACCACACCUGUUGAACUCUCAUGCGAAAACUUCAGGGUUCCAAUCAAACAAUCACCAGUUGACCGCGACAGUCUUCAGUAUCUGACCGGCCAAUUUCUCACGGACAAUAUAUAAGUCGCAAACUGCUGACCAGCAUGCCGUCCGAACUUUGCCAGCGGCACAUUCAAUCUCCCUUCCCUGUAAUAGCUCACCUCUUCGUCUGCCUACUCGUCCCCGCCUCGUACAUUCCACAACUUACCCGAAUCGCUACUAGCAACCAGAAUGGUAACUGUGCGAUUUCAGGGUGGUAUAUCAUUCUCCUGACGACCAGCGCGACCGCUCACUUGGCCACACGGUUGAAUUGCAUCUCUAGUUCCGAGGCUUGGAAGUGCGUCCGGCAUGGCGAACUCGAUGGGCUCGAUGCCUUUUCCGCCCUUGUCGUAUAUAUCCAACCUUUCCUGCACUGGCUGUCAGCAAUACUACUACUAUGCCUUUACGUUGCAUUUCGCAGCAAGCCCCCGACUCGACAUGAAGGCGAUAUCGCGGCCACUACACCCUCCAACUCUGCUAUCCUCGCCAUCGUCAUCACCCACGUAGCGAUAACACUCCCAUUGGCCUUCUGCCUCCUCCACUUCAUGACAGGCGAGGAUGGCCCAUUCAAUAAUCCCUUCGUUUUCGUCGUGCAUACCUACUACGAGCUAUUCCUCCAGACAACCGGCCUACUCACCUCGCUCACGGCAUUCAUCCCACAGCUGUAUCUCAUCCUCACCCGGGCCCGCGACAGUCACCAUCACUUUGACGAGGGUACUCUGAGCACGUUGAGUAUCGCCCUGCAGGUCCUUGCAUUCACACUUCUCGCCGCCUCGCAAGGGUGGCGCAUGAGACAGCGGCCAUGGACACCCUCGGAGAAUGGAGCGACUUGGAUAGUGCCUACUCAGACCUGGAGUCUGAAGUGGUGGGUUAAGGUUCUCUUCGGAGGUGGGCGUGCGGCUGGGUGGUUGGGGCUGGCGACUUCGCAGUUGAUUGUCCUGUGUGUUGCUCUUGCGGUUGGAGGUGAUGCCGGGUAUAUUGCGUUGUAGACUUUAGACUCCGACAUGGAUUGCGGUGUAAAUCUGUCGAGUGGAUCUAUAUACAACUUAGUCUGUCAAAGUUGAUGCCUGAGGUGUCUGAUCUCGCCAGCUAUUCCACCAAUCCAUAAGACAACCAGGUCUUCAUCUUUGCAGUCGCGGUCUUAAUUGCGUCUCACUUGAUAAUGUCACCGACUCUUUCGAUUUCCUUGCUUCCACCAAAGGGGCAGUUCGUUCCAGCAAGAUAGGACCACU